GGCAGAACUAACCCUGAUAUGCUACAAAUGAUCGCUGGUCAACAAGGAAUGGGUGGCAUGGGAGGGAUGGGUGGUUUUGGUGGAAUGGGUGUCCCAGGAGGGAUGGGAGGCAUUGGAGGAAUGGGAGGUUUUGGCGGAAUGGGUGUUCCAGGAGGGAUGGGAAUGGGAGGAUUUGGUGGAAUAAACGGUAUUGGAGGGAUGGGAGGAUUUGGAGGCGUUGGAGGACUUAAUGGUAUUGGUGGAAUGGGCGGCAUUGGAGGCGGAAUUGGCUCUCCAUUCGGUUGUACAGAUUUUGACCCGUCUUGCCGUUAUUUUGUCCGAUACUGCUUUCUCGAAUCGAUUUCUGAGGCGUGCAUGACAAGUUGUGGAAUUUGUGGUAUGUAUGGGGGAAACAUGCUUGGUGCGAAUGGACUUGGAGGUGUUAUGGGAAAUUAUGGAGGAUUCGGAAAUGGAGUUAUGGGGAGGAGAAAAUAA